CUAAAACACUCCGAUCCACCGGGUCCACGCCAGUGGGGUUGGCCGGUUGCUUCUAGGUUGGGGUUUCAAUUGUUGCCGUAUGGACAUGAGAGCUCAAAGCCGAAGAGAAAAAUGGAUGUGCUAAGCGCAACCUACUGUUUAACCGCCAAAGUUGAUACACAAUUUCAAUUUCUAUCAUCACUAAAUCCAAAAUUUGCUCUUCAAACACCACCCUCCUACCGUUCCAAACCUAAAAUCCGAUCAAAUUUCUGCUGCAGAAACAAUGAUCACGAGCAAACUGUGCAGGGUUUCUCGGUACUGGAAUCUGACCCACCAUGGGAAAAUGGGAGUGUUUGGAGCACCAUGGGUCUGUAUUUUUUUAGCUUGCAUAUUCCUCUGAGUUUUGGUGGAUUAUCUGUAGUUGCGCACUUGUUGCAUCAGCCUGAUCUUGAGCCUCAGAUUAAGGCAGUGGCAAUACUUGUAAUCGAGAUUCUGGAGCUGUUUUCUGCUGUCCUGCUUCUGCAAUUCACUGCGAAGCGUAAGCCUGUUAGGUUCUUUGAACAAGGUGAAAUGCAAAUUGAGAGAAACUGGAUGUUCACUGCUCUUCUGGGUUUCACACUUCUUAUUCAAGCCAUGUUCUUUAUAUCAUUUCUAGCUGACAACUUGGUUGCUACUGAGGAUGUGAAGAAUCAAGUAGUGAAGGAGAUUUUGUUGAGCGGUAGUGUCGCUUCGGCUGCUUGUACACUUGUAUAUUGUGUAGUUGCUCCCCUGCUGGAGGAGAUUGUAUACAGAAGGUUUUUGUUGACCUCUCUUGCGCCUAGUAUGGAAUGGUAUCAAGCAGUAAUUAUAAGUUCAGUUAUCUUCAGUGCAGCGCACCUUUCUGUUGAGAAUUUUAUCCAAUUAGUUGUAGUGGGAAUGGUGCUUGGUUGCUCUUAUUGUUGGACUGGGGACUUGAGAUCUUCCCUUGUUUUGCAUUCUAUGUAUAAUGCUCUGACUCUGUUGAUAAAUGUUUUUGGUUGAUUCUGGAACGAAAGCUGAAGUUCCGUUUUUCCGGUUGGUUUACCGAGUCAUUAUCAUCAUUUUUGCAAUUUUCCAUGGAAAUCUCUUUGAACAAAGUAUAACAAUGCAUUCUUGAUUGAUGUUUUGAAUUUAAUAUAUAGCGCGGGAGCUAUAAGCUAUAGGAUAAGCUGGUACAUGAUGAUUUUGGGUGAUGAGGGUUUCCAGUUUUAUGGUACAUGGCAAUUAUUUCAAUGAUCUCUUGGGAAGCAGAUUAACUUCACCACAUGUUCCAUGUAUUCCUGCCAGACUUUGGAGUACUAAUUGUAUAUCUUGGGCUAUAUAGUGGUCUGGCCAUGAACUAAACUCUUACAUUGCUCGGCUCAGUUUAACAUAACUUAUGGAGUUUGAACUCAAGCUUGUCUGGAAUCAGAAACACUAGUUCGGCCUUUUCUUGAUAACUACAGUACAUUAUUACGUUAACGAUGUUGAAACAGCAAGUAUAUUGUCGUUGUUGUCUCCAUGGGCUAUAUACUUAUAUAAUGGUCAAGUCGUGUUACCUAUUAAGUUAUCUUCGAAACUAAGUUGAAACAUGAGCCUAGGUGACGUGAGGGACUCGAGUUUGAUUCAUAUUGUAAUUUGUAAAUGUGGAACUCCUCGUAUUAUGGACAAUGGAUAUCAUGUACUUUGGUGGGUUUUGGUUGUU